CCUGGGCCCGGGGCAGAGAGUUGGGCGCGAUGUGGGCUGGCCGUGUCCUUCACGCGGCGCUCUCCGGGGGCCCCCGCGGCCGCCGCGCGCAGUCAGCGCUGGCCCAGCUGCGUGGCAUCCUGGAGGAGGAGCUGGAAGGAAUCCGCGGGGCUGGCACCUGGAAGAGCGAGCGAGUCAUCACGUCCCGUCAAGGACCGCGCAUCCACGUGGACGGCGUCUCCGGAGGAAUCCUUAACUUCUGUGCCAACAACUACCUGGGGCUCAGCAGCCACCCCGAGGUGAUCCAGGCAGGCCUGCAGGCCCUGGAGGAGUUUGGAGCUGGCCUUAGCUCUGUCCGCUUCAUCUGUGGGACCCAGAGCAUCCACAAGGAUCUAGAAGCAAAGAUAGCCCAAUUCCAUCAGCGGGAGGACGCCAUCCUCUAUCCCAGCUGUUUUGAUGCGAACGCUGGCCUCUUUGAGGCCCUCCUGACCCCGGAGGAUGCGGUCCUGUCGGACGAACUGAACCAUGCCUCCAUCAUCGAUGGCAUCCGCCUGUGCAAGGCCCACAAGUACCGCUACCGCCACCUGGACAUGGCCGAUCUGGAGGCCAAGCUGCAGGAGGCCCAGAAGCAUCGGCUGCGCCUAGUGGCCACUGAUGGGGCCUUUUCCAUGGACGGGGACAUCGCACCCCUGCAGGAGAUCUGCCGCCUCGCCUCUCGAUACGGUGCCCUAGUCUUCGUGGACGAAUGCCAUGCCACUGGCUUCCUGGGGGCCACUGGACGGGGCACGGAUGAGCUGCUGGGUGUGAUGGACCAGGUCACCAUCAUCAACUCCACGCUGGGGAAGGCACUGGGCGGAGCAUCAGGGGGCUACACGACAGGACCUGGGCCCCUGGUGUCCCUGCUACGGCAGCGUGCCCGGCCCUACCUCUUCUCCAACAGCCUGCCACCUGCCGUCAUUGGCUGUGCCUCCAAGGCCCUGGACCUGCUCAUGGAGAGCAAUGCCAUUGUGCAGUCUAUGGCAGCAAAGACCCAGCGGUUCCGCAGUAAGAUGGAGGCUGCUGGCUUCACCAUCUCGGGAGCCCAUCACCCCAUCUGCCCUGUGAUGCUGGGUGACGCACGGCUGGCCUCUUGCAUGGCAGAUGACAUGCUGAAGAGAGGCAUCUUUGUCAUCGGGUUCAGCUACCCUGUGGUCCCCAAGGGCAAGGCCCGGAUCCGGGUACAGAUCUCAGCGGUGCACAGCGAGGAGGACAUCGACCGCUGCGUGGAGGCCUUCGUGGAGGUGGGGCGGCUGCACGGGGCACUGCCCUGAGCCCUGGGCACUGACAAGCAGAGCCAAGGGCCCUGUCCCUCCACAGUGACAAAGAGGGCCUUUCAUCAGCGCAGGCCAGAGGCUCUGAGCCCUGUCAAAGUCCUGCACUCAAGCUGGGGCCAGGCCUGUGCUCGUGGCUGUGUGUAAGGCAACAGUGUGGAAACUGGC